AUGAAAACACUUGAACAAAAAGAACGAUUGUCUGGAAAUGUUAUACGGAAUAAUUGUCAAGAAAAGCUGAAAAGACUAUGGGAGAGCCUAAAUGAAUUGAAACCGUGUCAAGCAAAACAUAACGAUCCUACGCUUGUUCGUUCCGACUGGGAAGCCGUUUGUUGUCAACUCAAACGUGCACACAAAACUCAUCGUAUUUCGGGCACGAAAAGGAGUGCACUGAGUGGAAUAGUGUCGCCUAUGAUAGGUCUUUUCUGGCCUAUCUUGUGGGACGGUAAUUUUGAAAAUGUUGAUGCAAAUGAGCCAGGUAAACAGGAUAUUGAUCGUUUCGUUGAGAUGGUCAUGGACUAUAAGGAAAAGUUGGAGCCAGCAUUGCCAAAAACAGAAUACGAAACAUUUAAAAAUCUUCUUGAUGAGUAUAAGAUUGACAAGUCGAUUAGAGUAUUUUACUCUAAACUUUGUCCCUACUGUUUAGCUGAACGAAAGCAUUCAGAAAUACAAGGUACACUCAGAAUGGGACUUGGAAUCAGUACGCCUGUAUGUAAACAGUGUAAUACUGAGCUUAACACAAUGACACUAAUGCCCUCCACUACAAAAGCAGCAAGUAAUUAA